AUGCGAGAGAAAAGGUUGGAUUUUGUUGCAGUGGAUGUCGUUCCAUCAACCGCAUUCAAAUUGUUUUCAGGAACUGUUGCGGAAAGCGGCGUUGAAGACGACAUGCAACUGGUGAAAGACUACGAAGUCAUUGCCAUCGAGGAUGUUCGUAAUUUGGAGGAGAAAACGAAUUUCAAAUUUCAGCGACAAGAUCUGCCCUUCGAGAAUACGCAGUACGGCAUAACUCAACUGCAGAAUGGACUUUUCAAUUUAUUAAAGGAUUUCAUACUGAUUCUGCCGGACGCAUCGAUACAGGAGGUUCUGUCCCAUUACGUGACCGUCGACAUCAUUUUGAUUAUGGCCAAUCACCAAGACCCAGGCGUUCGAUCGUCCAUCGUCAAAUUGUUGUCAAAUAUCUGUAAUCGGCUUGACGAAUCCGUUCACAACAAUUGCACGAAAUCGUACCAUUGGCAUCACCUGGCCAAUCAAAUCUCUCUGCACAAAGCCGACGUGAAUUUGGUCACAAACAUUGUUCAAUGGGUAACGUCGCGGGGACUGACCUUGUCGCUGGAUCAAUUGGUUGCAGACAACAGUGCUCGAAUCGAAGAGAAAUGCUGUCUGUACUCGUUGAUCGCUAUUCUGCCGCAAUGCAUUCAUGAUUUGAAUCUGACGCAAAAUGUGUUCACAUUCAUGGACAAAUUGUAUGCGCACGAAGCGGUUUAUGAUCGUCAUUGGAAUUCUACCGUAGGCCGCAACAAAGUUCUUUUCCACAUGGGGACAACAAGUCCACGGGUGCUGGGUAGCAUUCAAAGUCUAAUGGCAACGAUCACCUACAAGUCACUCGCAUCCAAUGGGAACAUAAGAGUCGUUUGGGAUUUAUUGAAUGGCCUCUCGUUUAUGGAAGAAAGUGAAAACCUAACGGUCCAACGUUGCCUCAGAUCCACACAGGCUGUUAUAUUAAGUAAACUGCUGGAAUCGUUUUUUCGACAUGGACAUCGACAUCGAUUACGAACUGAUGGAGCAUACGCCCGUUGAUAAUCAAACGAUUUUGCCGUGCAAAGAGACUGACCGCAAAAUGUCGGUGGAAAAACCAACGAAAACGAUGAGUCCGGCUGCAAGUAAGGAAACAAUUUGCAACGAAACCAUUGAUGAGUCCUUCCUUUCAAUGGAAGUUGCAGUUCGCAAGGGCGAUUGCGCAAGUGAAUCUACGCUAAACAGUUCCGCGGAACGUCAUACACUAUCGAAAAGUAAGGAAUAUACCGUAGAGGAUGCUGGCUAUGAAAUUCGAAUCUUUUUAACUAAGAAACGGAAGAAGGGCAAGGCCGCUAAAGUUACCUCCUGACCAUUUACUGUUUUUAAUUCGUUGUUGCCUUUUUAGCGUUGUUAGAGUUUCUGAAUAAAAAAGUUGAUUUGA